AUCUACCUACAUAGUUAAAUAAAUAUUUUGAAUUUCAAACACUAGAAGGUUUUAGAUAGACAAUAGAGAAAAAUACAAUGAUAUUAGUCAUAGUAAAAUUGUUGUAGAUAAUAGGUAUAAUAUAAUAAAAACCUAUUUUGAUUGUUUAAUUUGUUGAAUUCUUUUUUAUUUACUUAUAUCUUUACAUCUGUUUCAAACGUAUACAGGUGUGAUUUAGAUAACACGUCCUGUGUACUAAGAUAAUCAAAUUUUAUACCAUACUUCUGUUUGAAUCUGAAAACAAAAGGCUGAUAAGAUAAGAUAUUAAAAAUGGAAACUUUGAAACCUAAAUGUGUAUACCAAGAAGAACGUUGGACACGUUCUUUAAUUACAAUUGACAAUUUACCAGACAAUUUUGAACAUUUAAAAAUUAAUAACCAUUCCAAAAUCCGAAACAUGCUUGGUUUUGCAGUAAAAAGUUUUGAACACUCUAAUCAUCUAGUAUGUAGUGCCAGUGGUCCAUCAGUUAACAAGGCUGUAACAUGUGCAGAAAUAUUAAAAAGACAGAUGCCCGAGCUUAAACAAGUCACUGGUAUUGGAUAUAGAAACGUAAGAAUGAUUAAGGAUGAGAUGAUUGAUGGUAAAGUCUCUCAAUCAAUUACAACAAGAAGAUUACCUUCAAUCCAUAUUCUGUUAUCUAAAAACCAUCUCCAUCCUAAUUUACCUGGAUACCAGGGAGCUGACAAGAUAUCAGAUCAUGUUAAUAGACCAGUGCCUCGCAAAACAUUUGAAAAGAAUGAUUACCGCGGUACGAAGGAGAGUAAAAUUAUGGCUCUUUAAUUGAUGUUGUUCCA